UUCCAUACCUAAUACGUACAAGCGGAGAGUGUUGCAGACUAGUCCGACGCACUCGAGGCCUCCAACGCGAGCACACUAAUUUUCAUCAUCUGGGCGAUCGUCUACGCAUUUCUGACUCUCCGUAUGACGACGUCGUUCGGUAGGACGUAGCUCCGUCGCUCGGAGCCUCGGCAUUUCGUCGUAAACAUGGCGAAACCGCCUUUUCUAGCUCCCAAACGACCCCAUUAGGGAUGCAUUCGAUUACUUUACCGACAUAAAUAUCCCGCUCUUUUCCGCCAAGUCGAUUCCUUCCUAGUGCGCGCAGGCUGCAGCGCAGAUGGCGGCUGCAGCCGGAGCCGCGGCGGCGCCAGCUGUAGUGGCGGACGGGCCGCUAUGGAAGACGCGGUUCGUGGACUACUUCGUGGUGUGCGGGCUGGGGCUGGACCUGCGGCUGAUGGACGGCACGCGUGGGUUCCACGGCAUGAAGAGCCACGGCGUGCGCAUCUCCUACAUGCCCGUGCUCAUCGACCGCCUGCCCGCCGAGGACCACAAGAAGUUCAAGAUCCCGGAAAUGCUUCCGCUGGCCGUGCUGCCCGGCGGGCUUCGCUUCUACAGCCACGGCGCCAACCAGGACGAGCCGCUGUCGUUCCCGCGCUCCUACCCGAUCAUCCUCACUGAGGGCGACGGCACGAAGGUGUACGUGUCGGUGCUGGCGUUUCGCGACCUGGUGGACGACGACGUGGCGCAGGCGUACUCCAUCCCGCCCAACUCCUAUGCCGACAAGUGCCUCUGCGUCGUCUCCCACUACCCCUUCCUCGACACCUUCGCCGACCUCCUCACUGAGCUCCACCGCCUCGCCUUCCAGCCCCUCGGCAGCCCGCGGCCGAUCUGGGACAUCAUAGCGGGGGUGAUGUCGGUGCCGCUGCCGUCGGGGCCGCAGCAGACGGUGGUGUUCAGCGUGGAGAGCGUCGUGCUCUCCACCACGCUGCCCGACCCCAACGCCCUCCCCUCCCACCACGUGUCGUUUCUCCCCCUUGUGAGCUGUCUCGAUAUUGACAACAUCAUUCAGCUCUUCACAGCCGUGCUGCUGGAGAGGAGAGUGCUGCUGCUGGGUGGCAUGCUGAAGCUGCUGACCAACGUGGCAGAGGCGGUGUCAGGGCUGCUCUACCCCUACAAGUGGAUGCUGCCGUACAUCCCGGUGCUGCCGUUGCCGCUCCUGGAACUGCUGCACGCGCCGGGCAUCUUCAUCUACGGCAUCAACACCGCCGAGUUUGAGCUGCAGGACGAGCUCGACGGGGUGGUGCUGGUGGACCUGGACUCCAACCGCGUGCGCAUGAUGAGCAUGGAGAACGAGCAGGAGGAGGAGGACAUCCCAGCCCUCCCCGAGCCCGAGGCGUCGGAGCUGAGAGCCGCCUUGCACGCGCUGAUCCACCCACACCUGGCGGUGCUGGAGUCGGUGCGCCACCACCGCUCGCCGCUGCUGGCUGCUGGCGUGCAGCAGUUCGACGAGAAGACGUUCAAGACGUGGGGCAAGCACCACGACGAGCAGUUCAGGCAGCUGUUCCUGCGCUUCCUGGCGUCAGUGCUGCACGGGUACAAGGACUUUGUGAUCGAGGACCACUUUGAGGCGGGCAAGCUCGUGUUUGACAGAAGCAGCUUUCUGCUGCGCCGCUCCGAGCUCUACGACCACGCCACCGAGCCAUUCAUCGAGGCCAUGCUGUCCACGCUGGGGUGGCACAACUUCUUUGAGUGCGAGGUGGCGCACUCGCCGGACGAGGAGACGGCGUUUGACGCCAUCAUGCAGCGCGCGCACAACAAGGAUACCCACAUCACGCUGCCCACGCUGCCACCCUCUGAGUUCCUCACCGUCGACAUCUACCAGGCGCUGCCAGCGGCGAAGCGGGGUGCAGUGGGGCGCUAUGUGUACCAGCGCUUCCCCAACAACGAGAAGGCAGGGGGGGAGCAGGAGGCCAGAAGCAAGGCAGUGGAGACGGCAAUGAGGGCGUGGCUCAAGGAGAGGCGGCUGGGCCGCACUCGCAGCUCCAAGGAGAGAGGGGCGCAAAGGGAGAUGAUGAAGGUGGACACGCAAGUCCGGCUCUGUCAACUAUGGGAUCAACUGAGAAGUCUACCUCCGGGCGAGCACCCCAUGGGGUCAGAGCACUACGGCACCAUCUAUGGCAUGAUCGAGUCGGACCCCGAGGGCUUCGGGGGCUCCAGCUUCCUGGCGUGCUUGGAGGAGAACAUCACCAUCGGGUGGUCGGGCGAGCUCACUCGCGAGAUGUUCAUGGCGUGCCGCGAGCUGACGCUGGUGGCGGCAUCGCGGGCGGGGGAGCGGCGGGACUACCAGGUGGCGGGGGGGCUGCUGGAGAUGGCGGGGCGCAUCUACUUCCGCGACGAGUUCGGCAUGCUUGACUUCAUGCGCCGCUAUCUGGGCUCCCUGCACGUCUGGCACUCGCAGGCGCUGUGGGACGAGCUGUUUGAGCAGCGCAUGCAGGAGCUCGGAGAAGACUCGUUUGGCAACUACUCUCAGAUGGUCAUGCUCACCCUCAAGGCCUGCGCCUUCCACAUGGUGGAGCUGGGCAUAGCGGACAAGGAGACGUGGAAGAUGCUGCUGCACCUCGCCAGCGAGCACGGGCUCCGGGAGAAGCGCCAGAACCUGCUACGGGGGCAGCUGUCGCUGAUUCAGCUCAAGUUCCGCUUCUACGGCCCGCCGCGCCUGGCGCUGAUGAUGGCGCUGGCGCCGCGCAUCGCGCCCAAGAUGGAGCAGGCCGCGCGCCUCAAGAGCGGAUCUGUCUCGGGGGGGGGCGCAGGGGGAGACGGCAUGGCGCGGGUGGAUAGUAAUAACACGCUGGAGGGGGAGGGAGGGGCGCCCGUGGCGCACAAGGGGCCGCUGGGGCGCAGCAAGAGCAAGGCGGGGCGGCAGCGCGUGAACUUUGACAUGGCUGGGGGCAAGGGCGUGCCCAGCACGACGCCCCGCGCUGGUGGUGGCGGGCUGGGCAAGGCCGAUGGGUUUGAGCGACGGGCAGAUAAACACCUCACUAGAGCAGAGCCGGUGCAUUUGUCGCGGGGCGAGGGCGAGGGCAGUGUGCGUGUGCUGCGGGGGCACGGCGCGGCCGUCACAGCGCUGCACGUGGGGUCCGUCAGCGACCUGGGCGACCUGCUCUCAGGCUGUGAUGAUGCGGGCUACUUUGUCUCUGGCUCGGCGGACUGCACCGUGAAGCUUUGGAGUGCCAACAGGGUGGGUGCCGAGAUGCGCGCCACCAUGCGCGGCCACGAGGGUGCCAUCCGCGCCAUAUCGUCCAACGCGAGCAGCAUUCUGUCGGGCGGCGACGACCACAAGGUGCUGCACUUUGACAAGCGCACCUCACUCGCCCUGGGCACGCUCUCCGCCCACACCGCUCCGGUCUCCUGUGUGCGGUUCCUGUCGGGCUUUGCGCGCAGUGCGGCGGUGACAGCCGGGCUGGACGGGCUGGUGGAGGUGUGGGACAUGCGCUCGCACCGCAGGGCACUCACCGUGGCGCAGCCGGCAGCAGGGGCGGCCGUGCUCUGCCUCAGCUGGCAGGAGGACGCGGGGGGGCUCAUCGCCACGGGGCACACCGACGGCACGGCGCGCGUGUGGGACAUGCGAGCAGGCAGGGAGAUGCACUUCCUUGAGGCGCACAGCAACUGGGUCAGCUGUGUACUCGUGCACAAGGACAUCAUCAUCACAGGCAGCCACGAUUGGACGGCCAAGAUCUGGUCGGUGGAGAUGGGCGACUGCGAGAAGAUCCUGACGGCCCACGGCGGCGCCGUGAGCACCAUGGACUACUGCAGCUCGUCCCACCGCCUCGCCACCGGGUCCGCUGACGGCAUGGUCCGCAUCUGGAAGAAGGAGGACGACCAGUACAUCCCGCAAGAAACGAGCGGCUCCUCGUCAACAGAGCCCGUGGUGGCGGUGCGGCUGAUGGACGAGGUCACUGGGGUGGCCACGGCGGGCAACCAGCUCAUGUUCCUCGAGUUCACCGACGCUGACGGCCGCGUGGGCGGCACGGGCAGUGGCGGCGGGGACCCCUCCACGUGGGCUGUCAGCAAGAUGGUGGCCAACAUGCCGGACGUGGUGCGCCACGUGGCAGUGGAUCUGGACUAUGGGCGCAUGUGCAGCGGGUCGCACACGGGGGCCAUCCGCAUCUGGGACGCAUUCCCCGAGGCCGCAGGGGCGGCAGCAGCGGCCGUGGCAGCAGGGCUGGGCGGCGUGCCGGUGGCUGCCGCCCCCAACAAGUAUGACCUGACUGGCGUGUGGGACAGCUUGGAUGCUGCCAAGGAGGCGCAGGGGUGAGAGCAGGAAGGCGAGUGGAUGGCAAACAAAGCAGAGGAGCAAGGAUUAGGUGAUGAGGCAGCAGUUCCCAAGGAAGAGGAUCAUGUGAAAAAUAGCACAGAUUCUGCCUUAUUUAGGAGCAAUGGGAGCCUUAUGUAGGUUCAGGGAAGGGCUUAUCCCCAAAUGGUGGUGGUGGUGGUGGUGGUGGUGGCGGUGGUGGUGGUGGUGGUGGUAGUGGUUAUGCGUCAUUACUAGCUGAGCCAGUUUCAUCUUAGCCAGUAUACAUAUGCUGCUUCAUGCACGGAGGUAUUAGCUGCCACUAUGGUACUGUGUUCCAUACAAAAUCGAUUUGCCUGAUGGGUGUACAGCACAUCAUAUACUACUAGCACAUCUUGGCACGAGUUUAUCCUCAGACUUCUGGUUCGAUCUCCACCUGCUUUGUCCCGCUUCUGUUUACAGCUCCACCCUUCUCAAGACAAGUUCUGGCUCGAAGCUGCAUACUGAACUGCUGUUUAGCUCCUCCAAUCUCUCAUUCUUCGAUACGACCGUCGUCACGACGAACACUAACGCGGCUGUACCAUGGCCACCGUAGGAAGCCAGAAAGUAGAACUCCCUUCCGAC